UGCGUUUCUUUUUCUCUUUUUUCUUUUUUGUCUGAUAAACUAUGCAAGAAUUAAAGAACCAAGAAGACAGAGAAAAGUUUAUCGAGGACUUUCUUAACAGACAACGCGAAGCAGAAGAGAAUGACGAAGAUUUACACCAGCCUGAAGAUGAAGAGCAUUUAGAACAAGAGAUUCCUGAAAUGCCCAAGGAACUCGCUACUCCUAUCAGCCUUGCUAAGCAGACAAAAGCAGAGUUAGCUGGUGAAAAGAAGAAGAAAAAGAAGAAGAAGAAGAAGGGAAAGACAGCUGAUUUGCCCGAAGCAGGUACUGAUCUUGCUGAUGACUAUAUCGAAAAGCAUUCCGAGGAUUUGAUUGAAGAUCCUUUUGAUCCUUCUCAUUCUCUUGCUCAAAGAGUUGAAUAUGCCAUCUGGAAAUACCGUAAAAACCACAAGUUUUCUGAUGAAAAGCGUGCCAUUUUUGAUAACUAUCUCAAGUUUGGUUGUAUCAAGACAGGUCCCAACAUGUUUUUGGGUCGUGCUACAAGUGCUGAUACCCCUAAUGAUCCUGAGGCUGCUAUUGAUUUUGAAGCAGCCAAGACAGCGAUUGAUUCUGUGCCUGAUGAUUCAGAAGAAGGCUUAGAAGUCAAUUUUACUGAAGUGGCCCAAGUCUAUUUUGGCAACGCAUUUAUUCGUCAAAGUAGAUUCACAACCCUAAGGGAUUUUAUUGAUGCUCCUGCCUUGAUUGAUGCGUUCUUAAGAUACCUUCAGAUCCGUCAUGUUGCACCUGAAUAUGCGGAUGAUAUUGCGGGUGCCCGCGCUAUCUGUGCUCAAGCCAAAAUUCAACUUCCCAAAUGCAAGCAUAUUAUCAUGGAAAUGCCAGGCACAUUUAACAAGGCUUGUGCUGAUCUGUUUGGUAAUGCCAUUACAGAAAUGGAUACCUCUUGGAUGACUGAGACUACCUUGACGAUUCAAAAGCAGUACAUGUCUUUUCUUGUUGACACUGUGGGCACAACUUCUGAAGACACUAAGAAGAUUGUUCAAAAGAAAAUCAAGAAUCCUGAUAGUGUAAGCUUAGUCGAGAAGCGUGAAUGGGUGUUUGUCAAAGUAGCAGAAAUUGCACCUUACAAAGAAGAGACAGCAGCAUCUGAGGAUUUGAUUCAAGUCAAAUUUGAAAACUAUGAAGAUACCCAUGAAACAUACAGAAUUUAUCUCGAAAAGAAAAUUGUUCAACAUAUGAUGGUAGGCAUGGUAACAGCGCUCACUCUUUGUAGACUAAGCAACGGUGAGUGGUAUUUGGAACAAGCACGUCGCUUUAUGCCUACUUUUUAUAUGGAAGAUGAUUGCAUGACAGAAGAAGACUUUGACUAUUAAUGCUGCUUUUUAAAAAUAAAAAAAAUAAAAAAAUAAAAUAAUUCUUUCUUUUUCUUUAU